UUCCUCCGGAACACCAGCGAUUUCCUGUUUAUUGUUUUUAACGCCGCGGCUUCACGUGCACUGAUGAAGAUGAAGAUGAUGAAGAUGAAGCGCUGCUUCACAUAUACACUGUUUAAUGCAACACUGUUAAAUAUUCCAUUAGCUGCAGAACAGCAGCAGUUCCGUGGAUCAAGUGUUUUUGCUGUGUGGCUCGUGUAACUGGUAUUUGUGGUAAAACAUGAUGUCAAACAUAUUUAGAAACUAUAAAUACUGCACUAAUAGACAGAAGUGCUGAUCAUGCCCGGGGUUCACAGCACUGAUGAGUUCUUCUAAGCCAUGUUUAUAAAGCUGCAUGAAUGUCCUCCUCUAAACCCUGUCUGAGAGGCCAGGCCUAGUGUUUCAGAGCAGGCACUGGUGGAAGAUGUCUCUAGUGGAUUUGGGAAAGAAGCUCCUGGAAGCCGCUAGCGCCGGUCAGGACGACGAGGUCCGGAUUCUGAUGGCGAAUGGAGCUCCGUUCACCACCGACUGGCUGGGCACGUCUCCGCUGCACCUGUCGGCUCAGUUCGGUCAUUACUCCACCACAGAGGUGCUUCUGCGCGCUGGUGUGAGUCGAGACGCUCGCACUAAAGUGGACCGGACACCGCUGCACAUGGCCGCGUCUCAGGGUCACACACGCAUCGUGGAGCUGCUGCUGAAGCACGGCGCCGACGUGAACGCCAAGGACAUGCUGAAGAUGAGCGCGCUGCACUGGGCCGUGGAGCACAGCCACAGAGACGUGCUGGAGCUGCUGCUGCGCUUCGGAGCUGAUGUUCACGCGCAGAGCAAGUUCUGCAAAAACGCGCUGGACAUCGCGCUGGACAACAGCAGCCACGAGCUGGCCGAGAUCCUGCAGGUGGCGAUGCAGAACCAGAUCAACACAAACCCCGAGAGUCCGGACACACUGAGCGUCCACACGGCCGCGCCGCGGUUCAUCAUUGGUUCAGGACGAGUGAACCUCGCCGGACUCGUGUCGCACGCAAACCACAGCAAAUCCACAGUCGUGGCCGCAGAGGAGCUGAUCACCGCAGACUCUGUCGAUGGAGCCAUACAGCAGGUCAUGAGCUCUGGAGGUCAGCAGGUCAUCACCAUAGUAACAGACGGCAUUCAGCUGGGCAACCUGCAGACGGGGACAGGCAUCAGCCAGCCCAUAAUAGUCACCAUGCCUGACGGGCAGCAAGUGCUGACAGUGUCGGACACAGAGGUCGCAGAGGAAACGGUGAUCAGCGACGAGCCGUCUGUUAAGCGUCAGUGUGUGAAGGAAGAAGAAGAAGAUGAUCAGAUGACAGAAACACAAGACACACAGAUACAGGAGAAAGUGGCUCUUCUGAAGCAGCUGGAGGAGGCGAACCGUGAGGUGCAGAAAUACAGACAGCAGUUCCUGAAGAAGGAGCAGGAGGCGGAGGCGUACAGACAGAAGCUGGAGGCCAUCACACGGCAGAGCGUGAAGAAAGCAGCGUGAACCUGACCGGAUCAUUAUCAUUCAUUUACUUCAGUUCUCGUCAUAAAGUGUCUCAGCUGUGGUGCUCGUGUGGCCGACACAGGUUCGAUUCUGACCCACAUCCCACUGGCCUUUGAAUAAAGAGACAAAAGCCCCUCAAAACCAGAAUGAGGAAGGUUUAAUUGUGCUGUAAUGUCAGAUGUCAUGUGUUUGAUCUGCACGUCUGAUCAAAUCCUUCAUCGUCAGACUCGUUUCCUCGCUGAUAAUCAACAUGAAUCUCUUGUGUUUAUAGUUUCCUGCUGCUUGUUGUUUGUGAUGCAUUUUUCAGGAUUUCUGUCAUCUUACUUUUAAAAGACAGCAGCGCUGGAUUUGUUUUCUUUGAGGAGGAUCUGAGCAUCUCUCCAACACCGAUCUGCUGGUUCACAUCUAGACGGCAGAUUAUAACACAUCUUAAACUGAAUAUGCCGAAUAAAUGCACAAUAAAAGGGUUUUACAGUCUGAACCA